AUGUGGGAAUCUCACGGGCGUGAAAAGGCCAUCAGCCGGUCCAUCCACCGUGCCCUAACGCGAGAGCCCUACAGCCAGGGCAUACAGUCCCACAGUUGGGUAAUGUGCAUAUAUAACUUCUUCUCCCUAUCGUAUGUAAGGCUCUCGCGAGUGUCCGCCGAGCUGUUUAAGCAUCUUCGAAAUGAGGUUUGGAAGAUUGACGAUACCGACUACACAAACGCCUUUCGCCAUCAGGGUCCCAAUACCGGAUUGGUGGCUGUGGGGGAUUUGGGAUAUUCCGGAUCUGCGUUCUUCCGGACUGCCAAUUCAAGGUACUUGGCCAAGAGCUUGCCGCGCAGCGCUGAGCACCGCUUCUUCAAAGAAGAGCUGCUCGUUCCAUACUAUGAAUACAUGAAGGCUCACACAGACUCGCUGCUUGUCCACAUCACCGACCUUUUGGGCGUUCCGUCCCCGGUCCUCGGCACCAUGGUCGGGUAUGCACCGUCGCACCACGUCAUCAUGGAAAAUAUCAUGUACGAUAGAGAGCAAUCCACCGAACCAAAUUUAUGGGAGACAUACGACCUGAAACCCAUUGACUACUUCUACCCGGAACGAGACCUGGUGCCCGAGCCCCUGACUAGCCGCGCCGUCAAGUCCCGGCUAUACGACCACUUCAAGGACAAAGUGCGAGUAACCAAGACCCAAUUCCAAAACCUGCGCAGACUCCUCGAGCAGGAUACCAUGUUUCUCAAGUCUGGAAACACGGUCGACUACUCACUCUUUCUUAUCCGGUAUCCCGCACAUAUCUUGUCUACAGAAUCGUUGGAGUCGUCGAGUGAGUGGAGUCGCGGAGUGACGUCGACAGAUGGGAAAUGGAAGUAUCGCGUUGUGCUGCUUGAUUUCUUCUGGGCUAAACACAAGUUGCCGGCACAGGCCAUGACGGGGGUUGUGCAAACGUUCAAUGUUGUCGGACGCAAGGGGCCCAUGUCUAUCACCACCACUGCCGAGGAGUACCGCGAGAAGUUUCUGCAAAUGGCCGACGGACUGGUGGAACUGACAGAUGAUCAGCCAGAGUGCAGGCUGGCAAAAUAA